GUUAUUAUUAUUAUUAUUAUUAUUAUUAUUUGUAUUUACCAAUUUGAGUACUCUACAAGAUGGCUUCUCCUGCGACUGAACCCCCGCUGUCAUUGGAAGAACACGAUGCUUUGGAGCGUAGUACCCAUCGCAUUAAGACACCAUCUGCUCCGUCACCCUUAGAUCCAUCGUCUGCCAGUCCUAAUCACUCUCUCUUGCAUCCAGAAUCAAUCAUCGCUGAUAAUAACACAGAUCAGUCGGCAACCAAAAGUUUCCGGGACACCUUAGUUUCUGGCUCUGUGUUACAGGAGCACCCGAUUGUCACCUAUGAGGAACUAGAAGCAAUCAAUCAACAAAUGGAGGUGGUGGAGGAAGGAGUUCAAUCUCAUGGUCCCAAAAUACCGUCUGUGAGGCUCACUCCAGAGAUCACCAUGAAGUUGCGCAAUAAUUGGAAGAACACAUUCUCCUCAAUGGAUGAUCGGCACCGCAUUUUAACUGGCGGCCCCUGGAAAAUUUUUGAUCACUACCAGGCAGUCCAGCCAUGGCAGCCAAAUUUCCGUCCUUCUUACGCAAAAGCACCUAAAACGGCCAUCUGGGUUCACUUUCCUGAACUACCUACGGAAUAUUAUGAAGAGCCAAUUUUGCGACUCUUGGGGAAUAAGGUUGGGAGAACCAUAUAUGUGGACAAGACCACCCUGCUUGCAGUCCGGGGACAGUAUGCGAAAGUAUGUGUGGAGGUAGAUCUAGCACAGCCAUUAGCCUCAAUGGUGGACUUUAAUGACGGCAUAGAACCAGAAAAUAUGAUAUUGACAGUGGCUUAUGAUUUGAACAAUGUCUGCUUUCAUUGUGGAGAAUUUGGUCAUAAGAAGGAUGCAUGCCAUUACAAACAGCGACCGGCGGCGGCGGAGAGCACCUCGCAGGCUGCAGAAGGGAAUCCUAGACCUACCCAAACGCUGCCCCUGAAUUGCGCUACAUUAGCCGAGCCUUACGGGCCUUGGACAAUUGUUAGUAGGAAAUCUCGGAGGCCGCCUAAUCGGAUCAAUCAAAAGAAAUUGGUAGAAUCUAGUGAGAAUUCUAGGGGGAAUAGAUUUGCGAUGAUAUCUAAUUUGGAAACUGAAUCUCCGGAAUUAGAGGAACUUCCAGCGGUUGCAGGGAAAUCUACUCAGUUGAAAACGGGAAGAGUUGUUGGUGAUUUGAUAACUGCUGACCCGGGAGUCUAUGAUGGAAAUUACUCUGCAGGACCCAAAGCAAUUCAAUUGUCACAGACUAGUUUGGCUACUGUUCUCAGCAAGGUUGUGCGAGAUUCCCCGUUGAGCACCCCAUGUAUGACAUCAGCUUCCCUGCCGAUUGCUCAGGACACUGAAAUCAAUUCUGGUUUGAUAGUUCAGGGCACCCAGAUAAUUCCCGAUUGCAGUGUGCUGAGAUCCAUUCCUGUAUCUUCAGUAGAUACUUCACAUUCAGGCUCUCAGGCCUUAGACGCUCAAGUUGCAGCUUGGGUAAACCACAGCCCCUUUCGUCGAGAGUGUAAAGAGAUGCUUAGGUCCCAACAACCAGAUAUUGUUUGUUUUUUGGAAACUAAGGCUGAUUCUAGCUCACGAGCUAUGAAAUUCAUGCCGAAGUUUGGUUUUGAUAGUCAGUUCCAAAUACCAACUGCUGGCCUUGCAGGAGGUUUAUGGUUAUUUUGGAAAUCCUCCACUGUAAAGUUAUCAGUUUUUUCUUCCUCAACGCAAGCCAUUCACUGCACAGUUAAUCAUGGAGUGGGGGACUGGAUACUAUCUUUGGCCUAUGUUAGACCUCAAUCACACUAUAAAGAGGCAUUCUGGAAUGAUGUGGAGUUUAGAAGUGCUUCUAUUACCAACAGUUGGGUGAUCAUGGGUGAUUUAAAUGAUGUUAUGACCUCGGAUGAAGUUUUUCCCAGGGGUACAUCAGUAUUCAAUCGUGCUUCCCGCUUCAGACAUACUCUUGAUAGAUGCAAUCUGUUAUCACAAGACUCUCUAGGAUGUAAAUACACUUGGUGUAGAACUCAGAAUGGCAGGGUGAUACUAAGAGAGAGGCUAGACCGUGCUCUGUUUAACAUGGAGGCUAAGCAGCGUUUUCUGGGAGCGAAGCUUUUUACUCUGCCGAGAACAUGUAGUGAUCAUCAUCCGAUUCUUUUGUGUUUGGAUACUGCUGCUGCCCAAGUUCCUACCACUAAACCACAACGUUUUGAAGCAGCAUGGCUAACCAGAGACGGUUUUGAACGGGUUUUUUCACAGGCUUGGGAGGGACACUCAUCAGAUUUAAAAGAUGCCAUUAAUGCCACCAGUAAGACUUGUUUGCAAUGGGGUAAAGAAACUUUUGGUAAUAUCUUCAGGAAGAAGAGAUUGUUAAGAGCCAGAUUGGCAGGAAUACAGAACUCUCCAGCUUAUGGCCGCUCGUCUAACCUUCAAAACUUGGAAAAGCUGCUUUUAUUAGAAUAUCAGCAGGUGCUUUUUGAGGAGGAAUUAUUGUGGUUUCAAAAAUCGAGAAUUGAUUGGAUUUCUUCAGGAGAUCGCAACACUUCUUUCUAUCAUAUGUCGACCAUUAUGAGGAGGUCCAGGAACAAGAUCGGGGCAUUAAAAAUAGAUGGGUCUUGGACUAAUCAUGCUGACACUUUGAAGCAACAUGUGCGGGAUUUUUUCAUGCAGCUUUUUACCAGGAGGGACACCCAACCAGCAGCCUUAGAUACCAGUCGCUGGCAACUGAGAAUUGCCGAUUCUGAUCACCAGCUGCUAACUAGGCCAGCAACUGAGGACGAAGUUAGAUCAGCGUUAUUCUCAAUGAAGGGUCUAAAAAGCCCAGGUCCAGAUGGUAUACAGGCUAUUUUCUAUCAGCGCCAGUGGGACACAGUGAAAGGUACUUUUGUUGAUUUUGUCAAUAAAGCUUUAUCUGUGGGUUCGUUUGACUCUGAUUUAACUAGGGCUCUAGUGGUUUUGAUUCCCAAAGAGGAUAAUCCAGAUGUAAUCCAGAAAUUUCGACCAAUUAGCUUGCUGAAUGUUGCCUAUAAAGUACUAUCAAAGGUCAUAGUGGCUCGCCUUAGACCUUUUCUCCAGCAGCUUAUUGGACCCUAUCAAAGCUGUUUCCUAGCAGGUAGAAGUACGGUAGAUAACAUUGUUCUCAUUCAGGAGGUGGUUCACUCAAUGCAGAGGAUGAAAGGGUCUCAGGGUGCCAUAUUGAACGCUUUCUAUUCUGGUUCCAGGGAAGGAAAGGAAGCACGGGACCGAGCUUAUCUUAGUCAGGCGGAGAAGGAAAUAGCUAUGACUGGCUUGAAGCUUUCUCCCCAAGCGAACUUACAAUGGAUUAGAGGGAAUGGCCCAUCGCCGCUUAGCUUUAGCUUUCUUCAGAAGUUGGAUAGGUUUAGACUAGAAACUAGAACUAGAAGAGCUUACGACUUAGGAUGGCCUAGCAAUGGAAGUGGGAUCAACUACUCAUCCAAGGGGACUGGUAGGGAUGGAACAGAAGUCUCACGGGGCACGGGACAGAAUGCUCUAGAAGAAGCUCCGAAUCAAUCAGCUGGUGAAGCUGGAUAUGAAUAGACUUCAGUAGCAAGGUACGCUCGGUAGUUCGUUAGGAAAGAAUAGGAAAGGGAAAUAUCCUUGUCCUGGAAGAAAUAUGCUACUGCACU